GUUUUGGCGCAAACCGGAAAUCGUCAUAACUGUCUACCUUAAGAAAAAAAGAGAGCGAGAGAAGUUUAAUGUGUUUGCGGAGAUUUACGACAGACGUUUAAUUAGAAACGUCCUAUUAGCGAUUUAUUUGCAAUAUGCAGCAUUAAAGUCACAUAUUAGCAUCGGACGGAGCCGCUUCAGACGUCGAGGAGCCGCGCAGGAAUGUCGUCCAGCCUGUUAGCUGCCGUUAGCAACCAGAGCUAACACAUUAGAGAUAGUUUCAUUAAUUUACGUUGUUUUAAAAAACAGUCUCUGGAUUGACUUCAAUUAAAUGGAUGAGCACAAGGAGAAUAUUCAGGCCGAGGACGUCAACGUAAAGAUGUCCAAUUCAAAAGAAGAGGAGAAGGCCAAGCCUUGCAGCAGAUUAUGUCCUCCUGAAGAAUCUGCUCCUCAGGGUUCCCCGUCUCAGUCCAACAGCGACUUCAGUCAUCCGGUGUACAAAGAGAUCGCUCUGGCCAACGGACACAUCAACCGCAUGUCCAAGGAGGAGCUGCGGAUCAAAUUAGCGGAGCUGAAGCUCGACACGAGAGGAGUGAAGGAUGUGAUGAAGAAGAGGUUGAAGAGCCACUAUAAGAAGCAGAAGCUGAUGCAGACGGCAGCAGAGGGAGGACCCACUGAUACCUACUACGACUACAUCUGUGUGGUCGACUUUGAGGCCACGUGUGAAGAAGAUAAUCCCUCAGACUUCCUCCAUGAGAUCAUCGAGUUCCCCAUGGUCCUCAUCAACACCCACACCUUAGAGAUCGUGGACACCUUUCAGGAGUACGUGAAACCAGAAGUGAACCCGCAGCUCUCAGACUUCUGUGUGAAGUUAACGGGGAUCACUCAGAGAAUGGUGGAUGAAGCGGAUCCUUUCCCUGCGGUGCUCCAGCGGGUCGUGGCGUGGCUUCAGGAGCGGGAACUCGGAACUAAAUACAAAUACGCCAUUCUGACUGACGGGGCGUGGGACAUGAGCAAGUUCCUCAACAUCCAGUGUCGGAUCAGCCGCAUCAGGUAUCCUCAGUUUGCCAAGAAGUGGAUCAACAUCAGGAAGUCGUACGGAAACUUCUACAAGGUUCCUCGCACCCAGACGAAGCUGAGCACGAUGCUGGAGAAGCUCGGCCUCAAGUACGAAGGCCGUCCCCACUCGGGUCUGGACGACUCGCGCAACAUCGCCAGGAUCGCUCUGCGGAUGCUGCAGGACGGCUGCCAGCUGCGCGUCAACGAGAGGAUGCACGCCGGGCAGCUGCUCUCUGUCCCCAGCUCGGCCCCCAUGGAAGGAGCUCCGGCUCCUCAUAACCCCCGCAGCAGGAACUGAGCACCAGUCAGAGAUGUGUCACCACGCUGCUCCCCGCUGUUACAGACUGAAAGCACUUUAAUGGAGCUUAAAGCUGCAGACGGGGUUCAUCCGUGAAGCUUCCUCUGACCGUUUAUUUUUACACCAGAUGUUUAAAACCACAUCAUUCCUGCGUGUUGUGACUUAAACUUGCCUCACUUUGCCUUAUCGAGCUGCUGAUGUUCAACCAUUUGAUUUCAGUUGCUCCAUGUGCUUUUGGUUGUUUCUGCCCAAAACAAUCCAAGUUUUGAACAAGAGAUUCGUUUCUGCUUUUAAAUGUAAGAAAACCUGCAGCUUGACAUCACCGUCAGUGCUCAUGUUGGCCUUUAAAACGCUGUGUCUGUCUGAUAAAACACAGAAUGCUGCCAUCACUGUGCUGUUUGAGGUGCUACAGAGUGACACAGCAUCACAGGUUCACGCUUUCCCAGAGCGAGCUGAAGGAAACGGCCCCGUGGAUUUGAUCGCCUCAGAUUCUGAGAUCUUUUAUCUCCUCCUGGUGAUGACAGAAACUGGUGAUGAAGCUGCAGAGUUUGCUUUCUGUCUGUUGUCAGCCUGUGUCGUGUCUUCUUUUUGUCUCAUGGAGGAGGAUCUAUUUUAACGAGAACUAAUAUUCUUCUGAAUGAUAAAUGGCUCGAAUAAAGUGUGUUCUCUGUUCA